GUGUCUCUUUCAGGCUGGACCUGCAGAGAUGACUGUAAAUAUGAGUGCAUGUGGCUUACAGUGGGGCUUUAUGUCCAGGAAGGUUACAGAGUGCCUCAGUUUCACGGCAAGUGGCCCUUUUCCCGCUUCCUGUUCUUCCAGGAACCUGCUUCUGCCUUUGCUUCUUUCCUUAACGGACUUGCCAACUUUGUGAUGUUGACUAGAUACAAAGCAUCCGUCCCGCCUUCAUCUCCCAUGUACCACACCUGUAUCGCCUUUGCCUGGGUUUCAUUAAAUGCCUGGUUCUGGUCUACAGUCUUCCAUACAAGGGACACUGAUGUAACCGAGAAAAUGGAUUACUUCUGCGCGUCCACCGUCAUCCUGCACUCCAUCUACCUGUGCUGUGUCAGGACCCUGGGUCUGAAACGUCCAGCCUUUGCUAAUGCCUUUGGGGGUUUUCUGAUCCUCUUCCUGGCCUGCCAUGUCUCGUACCUGACGCUCGUGCGCUUUGACUAUGGCUACAACAUGGCCGCAAACGUGGCGAUCGGCCUUCUCAACCUCUUCUGGUGGCUGGGCUGGUGCGUCAGGAACCAGCAGCGCCUCCCGUACGUGUGGAAGUGCGUGGUGGUGGUGCUGCUCCUUCAGGGCCUGGCGCUGCUCGAGCUGCUGGACUUCCCGCCCCUCUUCUGGAUCUUCGACGCACACGCCAUCUGGCACAUCAGCACCAUUCCUGUCAACGUCCUCUUCUACAGUUUCCUCCGUGACGACAGCCUGUACCUCUUGAAGGCGAACUCGGACAUUCUGAAAAUAGACUAAAGCUGUCGGGGGGCCUGCCGUGCGGAGAGGAGCUGUCCCCUCUCUGAUGGAAACUGUCACGCGAGACCUUCUGAGCGCUUUUCCCAGCAGCAUGCCGGGUCUCAAGCCAGCUGCUCUCGAGAAGCGGUGAUGUUGUGCUCUUUCAUCGAGUCCCUGUCUGGAAUCUGUGGCCGUGCCGAGACCUGCUCUCUGCCUUCUUUGACUCCUGGGUGCACCAGAAUCCUGGGUAAACGUCGCCCUCCGCCAGAGCUGAGUUUUGUUUCCUCUUUUCUUGCCUUCAAAAGUUUUAAUUCUAAUCCCAUGACUCGUUCUAUUAGAACAUCAACGAUCCAUCUCGCCCACACGCUCCCCCCCCACACACUGUAAUUAAUGCUCUUCUGUGCUACCGGGCAACAUGGUGUGUUUCCGUUUCCACUGUUAUGAAAUCUGUUUGAUUCUCAGCUUGCUGAGGGAUUUCAGACUAAGUGGGAAAUGUUGGUGAACCAACUGGUGACUCGGUAGACUGGAAGAUGUCGCGAGCACGUUGUGGGGACAUCUGGUCAUAAAGUUGUGUGGCCCACAGGACCUCAGACUCUGCAGUCAGCCGCUGCAGAAAUGGGUUAUUGUAAAUCUGUGUAAAUAAGAUGGGUGGCCCAGCAACAUACGCUGCUCUGUACAUUGGAUUCACUCGUCCUCUGAGAAUCGAGCCUGUGGUUCCGUGCCGUGAAACCUCCUUCAGUAGUUGUGGGGAGGUGGAUCUCCCAGGCUGUGGGGCACUUGGGGGGCAUGUGGGAGCUCUUUGCUGUGCAGAGGUGAUGUUUUUGAAAUGGGAUACUCGGCGCAGUGUGAAAUGCCAGGCUGACUCGGGCAGUUCAACACUUAUUUUUCCGCUCCUUGACAAACCUGCUCUGAUGAAUCCUGUGUGCCCUAUAGAGGGAAAUGCCCCUUUCUUGCAAGGGGAGGGGGCGCUAAGAUCCCCCAAAGAUUCCCUAGUCCCUGCAUGCCACUUUAAGUCACCCACAUGUUGUGGCUAGUUCACCAUCCUUUCCGGCUGUUAAGUGCUGAGAAGGGACUCCCUGCAGCGCUGAGAUGAGGGCCUCCUGGCUAGAGGUGGGGGGUGACACCCUCCCCCCCCGUUAUUCCAGUUGCUGAGGGGAGCAGAUGGAAAAACAGAACAGGACUAUUCUGUGCGUAAUGACAUUCCUGGCUCCCCCUUUGCCAUUGCAUUAGUCAAGGGCCUGCUGUAUGUUACAGGAUUAAGGCCUGACUGAGUAAAGUGAAAGUCUGAGUGCUCUGGGCUCCGCUGGUAAAAUCAGAGAGACCAGGAAUGCACCGAAGGGAUCAGCAAGUGCCUUCCUGAUUGCCAAAGGAAGUCAAUGAAGUAGAUGAUAGCUCAUCGCAAAAGGUGUUGUGACUAUUGCUGUAUUGCUGUGCCACCACUAGGUGGCGAGCGUUGCCAAUCCAUUGACAUUUCAAACUCUCCCUGUCUGAGGUUUACAACCGGCCAGCUGGGCUGGUCCAUGUUUGCCUGAAAGCCAUCUGGCAUCCGUGUGCCCUGUGCCACCAGAUGGGGCUUGGGACAUUGGGUUGGAGAGCCCAUGAAUCUGGGUGUCCUCCAUUGUAUUGUGCUGUACGGUCUCCUAGAGAAUUCAUGCCUUGUGUCUGAAUGGGCCCAGCCUGCGUGUGACCCCGUUAGGACUGUUCGUGGUUCUGUUAAAGGCUUGGCGUUAUUAGCUCAGGCUUCUAGUCUGCAUGGGGCUGCAGGGUUUGAUUUGGGGGAGUGUGAGUGUGUGUGUGUGUGAGUGAGUGUGUGUCUGACUUGUUUGCAAAAUUAGAUUUACUUCCAUUGUUAAGAUAAAGUCCAGGUGUGUGGGGGUUUUUUUUUGGGGGGGGGGGUGAUUGCACUCCAGUUGGGAACUGGAUUUUGUUUUUGUGGGUGCAGCCCUGAGUAACCUCCAUGGCUGGGCUGGGCUGCCCCCCAACUCACAGAUGUGACGCGAGAGAAGGGGGUAAUACACAAGCUGGUCCGAGCAAGGGACAGGAAGCCAAGAACUCGCCAGGGGCCUGAGGUGCAAUGAGUCUGGGGAACUUGGUCCCUUCGGCACCGACCCCACAAAGCGCUUGCUCCCCAGUAAGGACCUGAGUGGUUCCAUUGACUUAGCUGGGACUGCCUGAGGCUCUGAUCCAGAGCCCUUUGCAGUCAGUGGACAGGUCAGACGUCCGUGCUUGGCGGACUGGGCCAUACAGAAGUCUGCGAGGACGAUGGCUUGGAGAACAUGAGCGAAGCUGGGAAGUCCUGGCAAGUGGCUCCCUAGAGGACUCGUAUUUAUGUUGAUGGCAGUUAGCACAAUAGCUUGUGUUCAGUGGAAAUUAGAGACUAUGGCAGCAUGGUGGUAACCCUGGAGAACUGUUAGUGUGUGUGUGUCCCCAGAUGUAAUUGACUACAUACCAUGAUGUUUGCCCCUGCCUAGGCGCAGAUGUCUGUCCAUCUGUAUCUCUGUCGCUGCUUUGUCUCAUUGUUCAAAACCCAGACUCUUGAACUUAAGUUGCCUGUAACAUCCUUGUCCCGGUGAUGAGGAAAUCUUCCACAGCCCAUAUGUUUGUCCCAGCGUUUCGUAUGUGUCUCGCUCUUCUCUUCUGCCUUCCCCCGUGUUUAACCUGCCCGUCGCCUUCCCAGAGAAACCACCCAAUGCCCUGGCUCUCCUCCAAUUACAGAACUUGUAAACUCCACCGCUGCCCAGCUGCACUGAGCCGCUUAAUGCAAAGAGUGACUUCUGCGUGUUCCCCAGACGGCUGUGGAAAGAUCAGUCCAGACAAGCCACCUUGAAAGCUUUAGGAAAAGUAGAGGCCAGCACAAUCCUGGUCCUUAUCGCUUAUUAGCCCCUGCUUCGAAUUCCAAACCCUCUUUAACCUGGUAUCCUCCAUUCAUCUUGCUUCACAGAGAGCCCAGACUAGCCAUUCCCCUGGGUGCAGGAGCCUGUAACUUUGCAGAGCCAUACCCAGUGUGAGCGAACGGAGGAGUUGUAUGACUCAGCAGCACUUUGUUGUCUGGCUAGCGGAGAAUGCCAAGUCCAGCCAGAUACUGGGGCAGGGAAAUCUCAAGGUAAACAAGUAGACUCCUCUUCCUGCCGGGUGAGAGCCGUUUGCGGAGGGGUGCAGGUCCUGCUGCCCAGGAAGGGUCAUCCCCCACGCAGGUGGAUCUGAGCAGCCCGGGCCAGGCUCUCCGUCAGCUCGGCGUUGACAGCGCUAGGCAGGCCCUGGAAUUUCAUGUUGGAAGUGGCGUGAUUAGAGACAAUGCUUAACUCUUGA